UGUAUUCCUGACACACGGAGGGAAGAGAAGAAAGAGAGACACAGACAGGAAUAACCCCCCCACCACCACCCCUUCCAAAAAGAAACUUAAGCUUAUGAUACUGGGAUUCUCAGACUGCAACUUGCUUUCUGCGCAAGACCUUGGGUUUGUCUAGGGGCAGAAUUAGGGGAGCAAGAUCCCUGAACCCCUCUUCCUGACAUUACUAUUUUUCGGGUUCCCUGGAGGCUUGCACUCUCACAGAAGAGGGGGGUCUGGCUCGUGCAGAGAGGGGCCCUUUUAGAAGCAAGGCCCCAACUCUAUGACUCUAUCUGUCUAAGGUGGGAAUGCUUUGUCCGGGAAAGGUAUAGGACCUGCCUCCAUGUGAACAGGGCGGUGUCCCAUGAACCUCGGGCAACUGGGGGCGGAGCCCGCCUUGGUCUCUUCUGAUUGGUUCUGGAUGGAAUUACGUUGAAUGGACCAGAAUCUUAGCGGGCUGGACUGCUUGUCAGAGCCAGAUGAAAAGAGGUGGCCGGAUGGGAAGCGUAAAAGAAAGAAUAGCCAAUGUAUGGGAAAAGGCGGUAUGUCAGGUGACCGCUCGGUAUCUCUGCUCUCUGCAGGGUAUAUCCCUAGCUACUUGGACAAAGAUGAGCCAUGCGUGGUGUGCAGUGAUAAGGCCACAGGUUACCAUUACCGGUGCAUCACCUGUGAGGGCUGCAAGGGUUUCUUUCGUCGCACCAUCCAGAAGAAUCUGCACCCCUCGUAUUCUUGCAAGUAUGAUGGCUGCUGCAUCAUCGACAAGAUCACCCGGAAUCAGUGCCAGCUCUGUCGCUUUAAGAAAUGUAUUGCUGUGGGCAUGGCGAUGGACCUUGUCCUGGAUGAUUCCAAGCGGGUAGCCAAGCGAAAACUGAUUGAAGAAAAUAGGGAACGGCGUCGGAAGGAGGAGAUGAUCAAGACUCUGCAGCAGCGGCCUGAGCCAAGCAGUGAAGAAUGGGAGCUGAUUCGUAUCGUGACAGAAGCUCACAGAAGUACCAAUGCACAGGGCAGCCACUGGAAGCAGCGCAGGAAGUUCCUGCCUGAUGACAUUGGGCAGUCUCCCAUGGCGUCAAUGCCAGACGGUGACAAAGUUGAUCUGGAAGCUUUCAGUGAGUUCACCAAAAUUAUCACCCCUGCGAUUACACGAGUGGUGGACUUUGCCAAGAAACUGCCUAUGUUCUCUGAGCUACCUUGUGAAGACCAGAUCAUCCUGUUGAAAGGAUGCUGUAUGGAGAUAAUGUCUCUCCGGGCCGCCGUACGUUAUGAUCCAGAAAGCGAGACCCUAACACUGAGUGGUGAGAUGGCAGUGAAGCGAGAACAGCUAAAGAACGGAGGACUAGGGGUGGUCUCUGAUGCCAUAUUUGACUUGGGACGAUCUUUGUCUGCUUUUAAUCUUGAUGACACAGAAGUGGCUCUGCUGCAAGCUGUCUUGCUCAUGUCCUCAGACCGAACAGGCCUGAUCUGCACAGACAAGAUAGAGAAAUGUCAGGAGACGUACCUCCUCGCCUUCGAACACUACAUCAACCACCGCAAACACAACAUUCCCCACUUCUGGCCCAAGCUCCUGAUGAAAGUGACUGACCUGCGCAUGAUCGGAGCUUGCCAUGCCAGUCGCUUCCUACAUAUGAAAGUUGAGUGCCCCACGGAGCUCUUCCCACCGCUCUUUCUUGAGGUGUUCGAGGACCAGGAAGUCUGAGGGGCAGUGGAGCGGGGUAGAGAGGAAAGGGAAUCGCUUAGCUCUAUUCCAAACUGCAACCCCUGUAAGGCUCUGAAGUCCUGAGAUGAGAGGCUUGUCAAGCUCUUCUACUUAUGAAAACUGCCACUACACCCGGCACUAACCAGGAAUGGAUGCUCCAAGGUUGACAACAUUCUGCAGCAAUUCUUCAAUCACUGUACUGGCAUACGCAGAGGAACAAGGAUUUAAGGCUUCUUUUGUACCAUUCAGCAAUCUUGAGAUGUGGGCAGUCAACUUUUCCAUUGAUGCUUGUGAAAACAUUUUGGUACACUAAGACUUGAGAAAUAAUCAUCCUCAGUGUUCACCCCCAGUGAAUAUUUCCUAGGUUGACAUAAAUGUGGAUAUGGGAACGGUAAAAGCUAUGAGCAAGGCUAAACAUUCUCUUGCCCCCCAUAUAAAAUAUUCAUGGUGUUUAUGUGUGUGUAUGUGUAUAUAUAUAUAUAUAUAUAUAUAUAUAUAUAUAUAUAUAUAUAUAUAUAGACAAAGGCUUCAACUUGGGUAGCGCUUGGCCAUACUAUGCUGAGACAUUUGUAGACUCAGGACCAAAUGGCUCCAAAGUCAUCUUGCUUGGCCAGAGCUGCCUUGUACACAUUGUUCGUGUCCACCACUGAAGAAGUGGGCCUUCCCCUCGCCCUUCUGUAACAUGCAAAUUGUCCAUCUGUCCCAUUUCUGUGAGCUGAGGAUUUGUUACAGAACAGGGCACAUAAACUCUGAUUCUUAGGUGUGAAAUAUCUAAAAUAUCUGAUUAUGCAGUAUAUCUGUAUUUAUAUAUACACCUUAUUUGUAAUCUAAAAAAGCCAUGUUUCAACAUGAAUUUAGAAUAAUUGACCUAGACCAAGGAGAAGACCAGCAGUGGUCAAUAUAUUAAAGGGUAAGUUUAUUAUAAAAUGAACUGCAUGUCUCUAUGAGUUCAGUAUCGCAGGCGGAACGCUGUUGAAUUGUUGGACUUCAGCAACAAGGGUAUGCAUCUGGCAUAUAUUAUGUAGAACGUAGGUGCAGAAUACAGAAUGUUGCAUAUUUGUAAAUCGGUACGUUAUAUACAUAUGGAGUUAUAUUGCAAAAUCAGAUAUAUAUCUUCCCCAGCCUCUCAAUUCACCUAUCCAGUGAGUUAGGAUGAAUGUUAGGCCUUCCUCAUUUACCAUCAAGGAAGCAGGGGGAUGUAGUUGUUUCUAUGCCCGCACACAGAAUUCCCUCUAUGGCACCCUCGGUUUAUAAAAAUCAUCCACACAUGCCCAUUUGGGUUGAAAAAUUGCACCAAAGUCUCCCUUUGUUAUUCCCAUUGUCCCCAUUACACUGCCAUGCGGAAAACAAGGAACCCACUGAAGCUAUACAAACCAAAAAUGUUUCUAAGAAGCACUUUUAAAUACCAUUAUUGCAAAUGUUAGCCCUUCUUUGCUGCUCUUGAACCCUACAAUGAUGAAUCUUUUAGUGAUCGGCUCCUACAUGGCUUUUCGAAGUUCCAGGCCUUACUGUAUAGCCAGCAAUGUCUCUUUACAAACCCUUUUUUGAGGGUUGCUCUGCCAAUACUACAAGAUGGGGAAAGCCUGUUUUCUUUACCUAUGCCCAUUCCCUAUCUUCUUGCACUUUGCAGAAAGCACUUCUUACCAAUGAUGGUUUCCAAUUUAUGUUUGAAUGUUUUUUUCUAAUAAGCUCAAUGAAAAUAAGCACUUAAUUUUGAUUUUCCUAAUUUUUUUUUCAAACCCAUAUAUAUUUUAGACUUAAUCUUGUCCACUUGUGGGGCACCUUUUUGAGAGAGCAUUAAAUUCUCAAAUUAGCACUAAAAUAAAAGUUUAAAAAUAAAAAGUCUUGGUUGUACCUACCCGAGGAGGGCUAGAUAUCACCUAGGGUGCUGCCGCAUGUUCAGAUUUUUUUGCCAAACCAUGAGUGGAUAAAAAAAGAGAAGUAGUCUCUCUCCUUAAUACUUUCUCACAUUGUGAUCCACGUCUGAUUUUGGCUUCAAAAAUUGGAUAGAAAACACGUACAUGUGGCAGCACCUUAAGAAAGACAAAGAUGAAUAUAUUGAAAUCCUCUCCUCCUUUGACAAUAAGGCAACCGUAGUGUGCUAUCUUCAGCUGUGUAUGAUGGAGUCAGCCCAUUUGUGGACUUAUAAAUUCAUGGGACUAAAGCCCUCAGAUUUCUGAUUGUAUUGCGUUACAAAGUGCCCAUACAUCAGUUAUUCUAGUUCUAGUCUAUAUAAAUACGCAGCACAUACGGUAAUGCCUGUCUCCACAACUUGGCAGCAGAGGUGCAAAUAGAACAAGUGUAGUGCAGCCUGUGGAUCUCAUUCGCACUUUCCACUAUUUUUUUUGUCACAUUGAACGUAGUGUCUGAUCAACAGGAGAUGCUGAGAACAUGGAUAUACAGAUUUGUGAUUUAUAAAAUCAGUAUUAAUUAACUGCAAUCCCUGCUCACCCUUGGCUAUGAGUCCAGGCAGUGGACAGACUCCUUGCCUGACAGUCUUCCCUCUGUGAGUGUACAUACCAAGAUAGGUGUCAGUCACUGAGUAGGAUCACCCACUGCACUGAGGGAGCAGGUAUUCGUAUAUAUAAAAUACUAUAAUAGUUAGUAAGUCAGUAGUUAAUUGUUCUAUAAAACAGUAUAUCAAUCUGCUCAGCUCCUCCCGCUCUAUAUUAUUGCUUCCUCUUGCCCAGGAAACCAUGUUCAAUGUGACAGGCUCCCUUGAACUAUAGAGGAUAGAGGCCAGAUGUUACGUGUGUGUAACUGAGACUCUAGAAAAUCCUGUUCACACAUUGUGGUAUUGAUCUAGAAGUAUUUUAGAGCCUAUCUGAAUUUUGUUUUUAAACUGCAGCAUUCCAAAUCUUUGGUAUUUUGGUGGCAUCUGCUCCCCAUUAACUUCGAUAGUGAAGAUACAGAAGGGAAAAUUGUCUUUUUUGGCUGUUACCACAUUAUGCAUAGAUCAGUCUUAAAUCCCGUUGCCGUAGGAGGUUUGGACUUCAAAUAACUAUGAUAUUAUAGCCAAUGCCAAAAUAAGUUGAUUUUGUCCAUAAAAAUAAAGCACUUAUUUUUUUUCCAAUUUUUUCCAAGCUCUUAUAAUUUAGUGUUUUAGGGUUCAACAUUUUCCGCAGGCAGAUUUUCCCUUUCACCCUCAAAAGCCGAAUUACUGAAGCACUUAAUGAUGCAUAUGCAUGUUUGGAUACAUAUUCUUUUAUAAAUCCUGACUAUUCAUGCAUUUUUUUGUGGGAUUUAUAAUACUUGGAAGCGAGGAUGGUUCUGCCAAGGGAAUUCUGUGCCAUAAAGCUAGGGAGAACAAUGUUGCAUUUGAUUCUAUGCCAUAAAAGAGAUGACAACUAAGCACUGGUAAUAAUUUGGGAUUGUUUAGUGGUGUCUUAUCAUUGUACCGACAGACUGUAACAUGAUGGGGGAAAGGAAAUGAGUAGUGCAUAGUUAACAUCUUCUACCCUAACAUGGGGAAUAGGUCCUCAAGUCAUUCCACUACCAGAGAGAAUCAUGAGCAUUGAUCUGUGCAACAAGGCUAAAUCUGUUACUUGUAUGAUGAAGCUUGACUAGUCUGCUAAGCUACGGGGAAGUCAAUUAUAUGGUGCAGAUUUCUUCUUAUAAGGGAUAGGGUGGGAGUUGAUUAGUGAUUUUACAUGCCUAGUAAUGGUGAUGACCAGGGGUGCAUUUUACAAGCUUUGCAUUUUAAAAGCUGCAUUCUUCUCUCUGGUUCUGGGUGGUGCUAAAUUUCCUUGCAACGAGAAAAAAAAAAAGAAAAAGAAAGAAAAAACCCUCUAAAUUUGUCUUACCUCAGCUGUUGAGUGGAUGAAGAGAGUUGUUUUUAUUUUUUUUCCUUUUUUUGUGUUUUUCUUUGUUCUGGGCUGGGUUGACGGUCAGCCUUUUGCACUGCCGACUGCCAGUGUGGCCCUGAGCACAGAGCUCUCUCUCUUAGCUUAACGUCUGCGGACUGGCGUUAAAAAGAAAUGUGGUCCGGUCCACUCAGUGGACAUUAAAAAUUCCAGGCCUUCGAGGCCUGGCUAAAUUUACCCAGAAUCCCUUUCGCCUCUACAUCCCUCCUUUUGUCUGUCUCUUUGUCUUUGCAUACCUGUGUGCUUAGCACACUCUAAAUAAGAAAAACAAAAUCUGUAUAUAUUUGUAUAUAUGUGAUUCUGUGUAUACACCUUUAAGGUGGCUACACGUGUAUGUUUGUCUCCCUCAUCCCCUUUCAGUCUUGUUACUUUAAUUCAUUUUGAGGUCCCUUUGCUGCCCAUAUGCCCCCUCUACCAAUCAAAAGGGGAUGUGGCAGACUUGCUCUUUUCUUCUGUAAUGUGGCUUGAGGUCAAAUGGAGGAUAGCUCAUGCGUAGGCACAGUUGAAGCUUAUUUUUGCAUCAGGUAGCAGUACGGAGUAUUUCGGCAGUCAUGCAUUUUGUACACCUGCUUAGGAGAACUUAUCGUGACAAAAAGAUUUGGAUAUGACUUGGAUACUUCACACAACCCUCUUGUCCCACCCAUUCGCUGCCAGAUGGCUUUAGAAAUAUGGCUGAUGAGAGAUGUUUUUUUUUUUUUCUGUUAGGAAUGUAUUUCACCAGUAUGGCUACGUCAUUGAUGCUUAUACCUACUAAAUUAAUUUACCCACCCACCAACUUUUAUUGGGACGUAUCCACACAGUUUUUGUAGGUUAUUCACCCAACUAUACAGCUUGGAUUGAUACAGAUGCUUUUACCUUGGGGAGAUGGCAAUGCCAACAACUAUCUAACCAUCUGUAUUUUUUCCUUUUCUGCCCGGAUUACUGGUCAUGCUAGAAUGGAGAACCACAUGGGUGACAAGUUCCUUCCAAGACAGCAACAUCCCAAGUGCUUACAGUAGUUCUAAAGUUAAGCCUGCUUCCUCUCUUCGAGGCCCACAUGUACUCUGAAGAUUGUAUGCCGUUACCUUUCGGGAUUGAUACAGGAAAAUGGUCUUUUCCUUACGCCAACUUCUCAACACUACAUGUAAUUCUCUCUGGGAUAUUUUUUUUUUCCGUUCAUUCAGUAUCUCAAGCAGAGGAAUACCUUUUUUACUGACAGUAAUAGAGGCGGAGUAAUUGGCCCGCCAAGAAGGGAGAAGUGAGUAUGAAAGUCUAACUCACUCUCACCUCGCACGUAUACACUUUACUCACUCUACCGGGAUUAAACCAGGAAGAUGUUUGUUGUAUUUUUUUCUUCAUACACUCAUACCUCAACCACCGCAACCUUUCUCUUUCUCUCCUGCCAACCUCACUGUCCUGACUCGGUGAGAAAUAUGGACUUGGAACUGUAUAUGAAUUUAAAUUUCUCACCAGCUGGAAAACUAAAAGGAUCUCCACGGACAAGACCCGAGUGGACAGAUGGGAGAGUCACUGAACUUUAAAUUAAAAAAAAAAUUGGGGGACAACUAAAUGUCCCUUCAUAGUUCUGUCUACAGCAUUAAGAUAUAAACCCAGUGACUGUCUCAGCCACAGAUGAUCAUAUAGACCUCAACAGUGUGCCUCCUCCAGCCCUCUGUGACUCAGAAACAACAGCAAGGAUUUAACACAACCUUUGUUUCAGAAUUUUUAGAAAGCCCUUUAAUGUAAUUUGAUAUUUUUGUUCCAGUUUGUUUUAGUUUUGUUUAGUUUUUUGUUUGUUUUUACUUUUUUUUAUUCAACUCCAAAUGUGUGUGGGAGGGUUACACAAGGGGUUAAACAGAUGUUAGCCAUAAUUAAGACAUGUCAAAUUUUACAGGAGAGUGAAAGAAUUUUUUAAUUUGUUUUAUUAUUUUUGCGUUUUAUAAGACGGGGUGGGGGGGUUAGGGGUAUGUGAGGCACCCCCUUGCCACCCCCUCCUCAUAUUCUUAGUAUUCGUAAUGCAUAAUGGUGGGUACCAUGGGAGGGGUAUUCUGACUUCCUUUAACCUCUUGCUUUCAGGAAACUUUCUGACAGUUUAGUGGUUAAACGUUCUUCUCCCUUCAGACCCCUUUUUCCUGCUGGAGAUGGUUUGCAUAUAAAAUAUUUAAAAAAACUGGUAUUACUUUGGCUAGUAAUGCAGGACAUGGGUGGGUAAAUACCCUAGAAUGCUACAUUAUGGAUCUCUGGUCUGCAGAUGGUUUAUUCAAGAUAUAUAUUGAGAUAUAUCUAUAUAUAGUUUUUAUCCUUGUUUGGUAAUUUUUCUAUAUUUUUUUUUGAAAUGUGAGAUUAACUUCUUCACUGCUGGAAAACUGCUGUGGCACUGAAGGGGUUAACAGACACUGCACACGCUCUUUCUAUUUCUGGGUCAGAAUCUGCUCAUCUGUCUCGAAUGCUCCCAGGUCCUAUAUGUUUCAAGACACUGGACCUUUAUCAUUAUGCAAUAUAAGACUGAGCUCCCGUGCCGAAACAUGUAAGAGUUCCAAGGAAAAGGCGCCUCGUCCUGCCCUUUUACUCUUUAUUGUUCCAUAGGUUUGCGUGAAUAGUCACGUGACUCGUGCGUACAUAUGAAAACCACACGAUAGAUGGUCUUUGCUUGAACUCCCCUGCCUCAUUUUGUGCACAAGUUGUUGUUCUCACCAGUGAAGAAGCGAUUGCUUUAGUCGUACAAUAUAUAUAUAUAUAUAUAUAUAUAUUCACAGAUGCUCAUUCUGGCCAAACGGGGUCAUUGUGUUGCUAUAUUACGCCCUUUUCCUAUCAUUUUGUCUUUUGUUCGGAAUGUAGAAAAGUAACCCUUCCAAGGUUGGUAAAAGUAAUAUCUGUGGCCAUAGAAGGGUUAAGGCGCAGAGGUUAUAAAGAAAAAAUAAAAGAAAAUAAAAACUGCGUCAGCAAUCACAGGGUUAAAACUUUUAAGCUCAAUCUCAACCUUUUUCUCGUAUGUUCAUUUCUUGUGGGAGGAUCUGUAUAUUUAAGUAUAUAUGACAUAAAACACACAGAAAAGGAAAAAAAAAAAACGCUUUUUUACGGGUUUCAAGCAGGUCUAUUCAUCCCUUCAAGUUAACCCAUUCGUUGCUGCGCUAGGCCAAAAAAGGCGGUACAGAUAGUUAAAAAAAAUAUGUGUAGUGAGACUUUCUUUGUGAGACAAGGAGCUAUGUUCAGUGUCUAUCUUGCACAUCCCAUUUAGUGUUGCUCCCAGUUGCUGGUAUCUUCAUAGAUUUAUAUCUAGAUUAUCAAGGGCCUGAAAUCCAUAUUUUACCAGCCUGACCGCCCUAAUCACAGGUGACAGCCUGAAUGUUUUACACAACUACCCCUAUCCGCCCUCACUCAGGUUAGAGACAGUUCAGCAUUAGGGAUGGUUUAUCACCAUGCAAAAUACCUUAUUCAUGGUCCAGGACUUAACAUCAAAAAGUUGCUGCACCAGCAAUAUUUUUAGGAUUUUCCCCCCAUAGACGUUGGGUUUGCUGCUGGCUUUUGCAAUGCAUAUAUUCCUGCCAACUUUAUGGCUUCAGGGUUAUUCCCCAUAUUAUGCCUUGGGCCACAUUUUCCAUGGACAGCACACAUACCCAUUGAUUUGAAUGUGUCUGUUCACACAUCAGUAUUUUUUUUUUUUACUGACAUGCACUACUUUGGUCAGUAAAGUAGUCAGCCCAUUAUAGUCUAUAGGUCCGUGAAAAACCACAGAUGGCAUCUGUGUUGCCUCCGUGCUUGGUCCGUUUUUUUUACUGACCACUGAUUGGAGAUGCUUUAGAAAUGAACUUUAAAUUAACACCAAACGGACACGGAAAUGUGAAUUAGGCCUAAAAGAUAAUGUUUUGCUUUAGAUCAUAUUCACAUCUUAUCUAGUAAUUUUCUAGUAAGUGUACAGUCCUAUGAGCCUUGAGGUACUUGCACAUUUAAUGGAUUACGCACGUUUUAGUCCAUGCGGAUUUGCACGCAGAAAAACUGCAGCAUAAUACACUACCAGUAGAGUAUGUGAGCUCUCAUGUACACUUUGCUUUAUGUGGAGAUUGACCUGCCGUGUGGAUUUAGAAAUCUGCAGCAUACCAAUUGUUUGUGUGUGUGUGGAAUUCACCAUUUUCAAUGCAAGGGUGAAAUCUACGGAAAAUCUGCAUCAAAAAUGCAAGUAAAGCAUGCAGUAUUUGGUGCGGCCCUGGUGCACGAAAACGGCCAAUUUUCUGUUUUGAAAUCUGAGGGUGGCUGCACACAACGUAGAUUUAUGUGCAAAAAUCUGCAUGAAAUCUAGACCAAAACGGCAGAAAAAAUCAAACGUAAAUCCGCACUAUUUAUCAAAUUUUUUAGAUGAGACCUGUGGAAAAUCCGCAUCAAAUCCAUGCGAAAAAAGUGCUAAAUAGUUUUCAUAUCCGCACAAGAAAAACAAUAAUUGACAUGCUGCAGAUUUCUAAAUCCUGGUCCAUUUCCGCACUUAAAAAAAAAGAUAAAUAUACAUGAGAUUUGUCUAUUCUCAUACACAGGGGUGCACCACCAAUGAGGCCAGGUGAGGCGAUCACGUCAGGCAGCACCAGGUAGGGGCAGUGGAAGGGCCAUGGGCAAUGAGCGCUUUCAUUGUGGCAAAAGGGCUAGGUUAAGAAAUUGACAUUGGCAGGGGGCCGUGUUUCUGUUUUCGGCAGAAAGGCUAGGUGCACCCCUGCACUUUGCUGGUACUGUAUAUGGCUACAUGCAUACAACCGUGCAGUUUUUUGCGGUCUGCAAACCGCGGAUCCGCAAAAAACGGAAGAUGCCCG